AGAGGAGGAGGUGGGCAGGGAGGGAGGAGGGAGCAGCAGCGUGCGGAGCGGAGCGGAGACAGGUGUUGCUGGUGUUUGCGCAUCGUUCGUGAGAUCGUUUCAGCAGGAUGGGAGACGAGCUGACACCUCCACGGGUUCCCUCCGCAGUUUCCCAUGCGUUCUGCAGUUUAGCUCUUCCAAACGGGGAAUUUGAUUAAAUACGCUGGAGACCAACCGAGAGCCGCCAUGGUGCACCACUCGGGCUCAAUCCAGUCCUUCAAGCAGCAGAAAGGCAUGCACACCAGCAUCAGCGAGAUCCUGAAGGAGAAGAGCCUGAAGCCGUCUCGCCGCAGCCUGCCCUGCCUGGCUCAGAGUCAGACGCAUCCCAUCAACCUCAACCACUUCCUGUCUGUGCCUCUGAGCCCAGAGCCCAAACCAGACCUCGACGAUCUGAGUCAGAGCAUCAGCACGUCCUGCAGCCUUCUGCCACCACAGACAGCAGAGGAUGUCAAAGACAGCUACAUUGAGGAGACCGAAGUGAGCACAUGUGAAACAAGAGCAAACCCGACAUUUCUUCUGCAAAAGCCAGUCAGCCGGGCUAAAUUAGGGACCCGUGCCGACUCUCUUCAGGGAAAAAAACAGUCAGACGCAUCUGGACUGCUGUUUCGAGAUGGAAAAAAGAGAAUCGAUUACAUCUUGGUUUACAAGAAGUCCAGCCCGCAGGUGGAGAAAAGAUGCACGUUUGAGAAGAAUUUACGAGCCGAGGGCCUGAUGCUGGAGAAAGAGCCCUCUUUGACAAACAACGACAUCAUGUUUGUGAAGGUCCACGCUACCUGGGAUACCCUCUGCAAAUAUGCAGAGCAGAUGAACAUCCGCAUGCCUUUCAGAAAAAAAUGCUACUUCACUGACUGGAGGAGCAAAACCCUUGGCAGCAGGUUUCAUCUGAGGUGUCAGCAGAUAAAAAGCUGGCUUCCCAAAAAUCCCAUGAAGCUGGACAAAGAGGCGCUGCCCGACCUGGAGGAGACGGACUGCUACACGGCGCCCUUCAGCAGAGCGCGCAUGCACCAUUUCACUAUCAACAACAGAGAGACGUUCUUCUCAAAUUCAACCAGGAGCAGAAUAGUCCAUCACGUCCUGCAGCGCACCAAGUAUGAAGACGGAAAAUCAAAGAUGGGCAUCAACCGCUUACUGGGCAACAACACAUACGAGGCGGCGUUUCCUCCACAUGAGGGCGGCUACAAGAGCGGACAUCCAAUUAAGACGCACGGCGCCCAGAACCAAAGGCAUCUUCUGUACGAGCGCUGGGCCCGCUGGGGGAUCUGGUACAAAUACCAGCCUCUGGACCUCAUCAGGCGGUAUUUUGGGGAGAAGAUUGGCCUGUACUUUGCAUGGUUGGGCUGGUAUACAGGCAUGUUAAUCCCUGCAGCCCUCGUUGGUGUUUUUGUCUUCCUGUAUGGACUCUUUACCAUGGACUCAAGUCAAGUGAGUAAGGAGAUUUGUGAAGCCAACACAACCAUCAUGUGUCCUAUGUGUGAGGAAAGCUGCAAGCCAUGGACGCUGAGUGACAGCUGCGUCUUUGCAAAGGUAACUCGUCUGUUUGACAACGGCGGCACUGUGUUCUUUGCCAUCUUCAUGGCUAUUUGGGCAACCGUAUUCCUGGAGUUUUGGAAAAGGCGGAGAGCAGAACUGACGUACGACUGGGAUCUCAUCGACUGGGAGGAGGAGGAGGAGGAGCUGAGGCCUCAGUUUGAAGCCAAGUACUCGGGAGUGGAGAGAGUUAACCCCAUUUCUGGAAAGCCUGAGCCCUUCCAGCCCUUCUCAGACAAACUCAGCCGCCUGAUGGUGUCUGUGUCUGGAAUAUUCUUCAUGAUUUCCCUCGUUCUGACGGCCGUGUUUGCUGUCGUGGUUUUCCGUCUCAUUGCGAUGGAGAAGUUUGCCUCCUUCAACUGGGACUUUAUCCAGAAAAACUGGCAGUUCGCCACGUCUGGCACUGGCGUCUGCAUCAACUUUAUGAUGAUCAUGUCUCUCAAUGUGGUUUAUGAAAAGGUGGCCUACCUGUUGACUAACUUAGAGCACCCACGCACCGAGUCUGAGUGGGAGAACAGCUUUGCUCUCAAGAUGUUUCUCUUCCAGUUUGUGAAUUUGAACAGCUCCACAUUUUACAUCGCUUUCUUUCUCGGAAGGUUUGCUGGCAGGCCUGGAAGCUACAAUAAGCUCUUUAAUCGGUGGAGGCUGGAGGAGUGUCACCCCAGCGGCUGUUUGAUUGAUCUGUGUCUGCAAAUGGGAGUCAUCAUGUUCUUCAAACAAAUCUGGAACAACUUCAUGGAGCUUGGAUAUCCCUUGCUGCAGAACUGGUGGUCUCGCAGGAAGAUGAAGAAAGGAGGAGGAGGCGGCGGCGGAGGCCAGAAUGUGGAGAAUAAAACCCAGCUGCCGCAGUGGGACAAAGACUGGAACCUGCAGCCGAUGAACGCACACGGACUGGUGGAUGAAUACCUGGAAAUGGUUCUCCAGUUUGGCUUCACCACCAUUUUCGUAGCAGCUUUCCCUCUGGCUCCUCUCCUGGCUCUGCUUAACAACAUCAUUGAAAUUCGUCUGGAUGCCUACAAGUUCGUCACUCAGUGGAGGAGGCCCAUGCCAGCGCGGGCAACAGAUAUAGGUAUCUGGCAUGGGAUUCUGGAAGGUAUCGGCGUUCUGGCAGUCAUCACCAAUGCCUUCGUCAUCGCUAUAACCUCGGACUACAUUCCCCGCUUUGUUUACGCCUUCAAAUACGGCCCCUGUGCGGACAAGAGGCCCCGUCACACAGAUGAGUGCCUGCAAGGUUAUAUGAACAGCAGCUUGUCUGUGUUUGACAUGUGGGAGCUGAAGAACAGCAGUGAGUUCAGAUACUGCAGGUACAGAGACUACAGAGCGCCGCCCUGGAGCACGAUGCCCUACGAGUUCACCCUGCAGUUCUGGCAUGUUUUGGCUGCCAGGCUGGCAUUCAUCAUCGUCUUUGAGCACCUGGUGUUCGGCAUCAAGUCCUUCAUUGCGUACCUCAUUCCGGACAUGCCGAAGGAUCUGUGCGACCGCAUGAGGAGGGAGAAGUACCUGAUGCAGGAGAUGAUGUACGAGGCGGAGCUGGAGCAUCUGCAGAAAGAGCGAAAGAAAAACGGGAGGCGUUAUCACCACGAGUGGCCUUAGCCUCGACCUGUCCACAGCUCAUCACUCAGCCCUCAGCUCACCAACACAGCCCCCGCCCCCCGUCCCCGUCUGCUUAUUUAUGUAUGUUAGCUUUGAGCGUCUAGCUUUGCGCUGGUAGAGUCUCUACACCAAAGACAUCCUGUUGAGAUCUUCUCCCUGAACUCCUCCUUGUGUUUCCUGCGCCCCUCCAUCCAGCAGGUUGCCCUUGGAUCCUGUGCCCUGUCACGGCUUCAGUGGAAAAACCUUUGCAAUUGUAAUGUUUACUAUGCAGAUCAAGGGCUGCAGUCGACCCUUGCUCCCUCUCAGCCCCGAGCCCUGCAGCCUCUCUCUGUGUGGCAGCUAGCACUUUGCUUCGGCUCUGCAUGGCAGCGCGUUUGCUCCUCUAUAUCGUCGCCUUCGGCAGAGAUACGUGUGCGUGGCACUAAACGUUUCCUUGUUGCCAAGUGAUUCUGGUGAUUGUGGCUACCAAAUAAAACGGACACUGCUCUUACAAAGUAACUGUAUAUCGCUGUUAAAGCAUGUUCACUGACAUUUUGCAGAUAUUUCAUGAACUGCAAAGAGGAAAAAAAACAAAAAAAAAACAGAAUUCAGAUCACUUGUGAAGGGUGUUGACAUCCGUUCUGUGCAUUUGAUGAAGAAACCUAUAAAGUGCAUGGUAACACUGUUUUGUACCUUUUGAUAGACAAACUCCUUGUCCUGAUGGCUGGUGGUUCAUGUGAGUGCGAGUUGUGAGGUUCUCUGUGUUUCUGUUGAUCUUGACUGUCUUGAGUUGAGGAAAUGCAAACUUGGUGAAAUUUGAUUGUGCCUGCAGUGUAACAGCAUCAUCGCCAUCCACAGCUUGGUCAGCACAUGCCUUUUUUCUUCUUCUUCUUUUUUUUUUUUUUUAAAUAAGAGAUGUUUGGUUUGGAUGUCGGCUAUACCUCAGUACCUUCUCGGGGCGACGGUGUAUUUAUGUCGUAACUGGACUCCCGUCGUGAAUAGUGCGUGUGUUUGCUUUCCAGGAUCCAGAAAUCUGCUCUUCCGUUCGUCUCCCCGCAGUCUGUUUUUCAUUUGCCCCUGGAAGUCAUGAAAUGUGGUUGAAACUCAGAUAUCUUGGAAAUACCUGUGGCUUGGAUGUUCGGUUUGCAGACAACGUCCGUAUGCUGUUCCUCGCUCGCAGAGCACGAAAAGCACGCUUCUGACCCAGUGUUUCAGAACUGCGGAAGUUUAACUUCUUUAGACGUGGCGUUUAGAUGUGUUCAGUUAAGAUGCCGUGGAUUUUAACUGCAUGCUACUUUCUAAUGAACUUGAGAAGUAAAACAUUGCUGCUUUUUUCCUGCUAGAUUUGGUCUGGAUCCGGAUGGUUCCUCAGUCAAACACCCUAAAAUUAUGAGUUUAUAAGGCCUUGGAAAGCUAUUUACACCUCAUAAAUCUUCUAGUGUAUAUUAUUGGGAUUUACAUGAUAGACCAACACGACGUAAUAAU